GUUCUUCGUACAUUUGAAGAAGUCAUUCGUUGGAUCUGACAGCAGUGUCAGUCAGCAUAAGCGCCUUCUAGCCGUCUACCCGUCCGCCCAGCAUUCCAUUCCCCAUUCACCACCUGGUCGACUCCACAGCUGAUCCCAAUCUCCGCCGGACGCCGCGCUCGCCGCUCGUCUCACUCUUUCAAUUCCAUUUCCAGAAGAACCAGAACGAGAACGAGAACCACGAUCGACCUCAGCCCUGCGGUCAUAGACACCAUCUUCCUCUGUACUUUCCACCUUCUACCUCUCAAUCCAACCAAUCCUCAAAGAAGCCCAAAAAAAAACUAUAAAGAAGGAAAAAUGCUCUGGCGCUCCAAAUCCCCCGCCGAGAGCCCCGUCUCCGAAACAGACCCCAAAGCCGACCUCGCGGCGUCCGCCUCCCAGGCGGCAGGCACGGAAUGGCUCGCGGGACACUUGCACCAUUUGACGGAGGAGCAGGAGAAGAAGCUGGUGGAGUUCAAGGAUCUGUGUGAGGAGAAUAAGUACUAUACGCGUGCUUCGGAGGAGGUGGGGGUGAAGGCUAGUCAUGGGGAUGCUACCCUUUUGCGUUUUUUGCGCGCGCGCAAGUUUGAUGUCGCUGGUGCUUGGGCGCAGUUUAAGGAUACGGAGGAUUGGAGGAAGGAGAAUGCGAUUGGGGAGUUGUAUGAGAAUAUUGAGGUUGAUUCUUAUGAUGCUGCGAGGAGGAUGUACCCCCAAUGGACCGGCCACCGCGACCGCCGCGGCAUCCCCAUCUACGUCUUCGAAAUCAAGCACCUCGACAGCAAAAACAUGGCCGAAUACAACUCCACCAUGAACGACUCCGCCACGGCCGACACGCAUCAGUCGUCCAAGGUGCCGCAGCGUCUGCUGCGAUUGUUCGCCCUGUAUGAGAACCUGCUCAACUUCGUCAUGCCGCUCUGCUCGCGACUUCCGCGCCCGAACAUGGAGACGCCUGUCGUUGCCUCGACGAAUAUCGUGGAUGUGAACGGGGUGGGACUGAAGCAGUUCUGGAACUUGAAGGGCCAUAUGCAGGAUGCGAGUGUGCUUGCUACGGCGCAUUAUCCGGAGACGUUGGAUAGGAUUUUCAUCAUCGGCGCCCCAGCCUUCUUCCCCACCGUCUGGGGCUGGAUCAAACGCUGGUUCGACCCCGGCACGACCUCCAAGAUCUUCAUCCUGUCCGCCGCAGAAGUAAAACCCACCCUGUCCGCCUUCAUGCACCCCUCCAGCAUCCCCAAGCAAUACGGCGGCGACCUCGAGUGGAAGUGGGGGGAUAUGCCAGCUCUGGAUGAUGAUGCUCGUGCGCUUGUCGGCGACGCUCUGACAACACCCGCGGGUGACGACGCGGCUCGGCAGGAGGUCAUCAAGGGCCCUGUUCUGUUUGAAGAUGAUUGUGUCCAUAUCCUGGGCAAGGUUAAUGGCGUGAGCAGGGAUACGAAGGUUCCUGUCUCGGCCAGCAGCAGCACAACCAGCACAGCAGAGAACAAAGCAGACAUUGAUGCCGGGAUCGAGAAACUCAACAUCACCGUCGAGGAGGGAGCUACUGGAGAUGUCACAGCAGAGGCUCCGACGCAGACUGUGUCUGCUUGAUUCUGUUGCUGUCUUUCUUUUGAACAAACUUACUACUUCGAUUCUUGUUAUCCCCUUUCUUUAUACAUGAUUUCAAGAUUUAAUUAUAGAUAUUUUAUUAUUAUU